AAAAACCAAAAUUGCGUCACUAUCCGCAAGUUCACAAUUUCACGUCAAAAACAUCGUUUUCUAUCAAAUCUACCCAAUAAAUAUUUAAAAUGGCUGAACAGGAUUGGGAUCAAGUUACUUAUCUCAGAAAACCAGCUCAAAAAGCUAGUCACCUGCGUUCACAAAAGGUUGUCAAUUCUGCAUUGAGGCAGGGAGGAAGUGUUGAGACAACAAAGAAGUUUUCAGCAGCAACUAACAAGCAGCACAGCUCCAAUAAAGACACGGCUCGACUUGAUGGAGAGACAGAAGAACUCCACCAUGAAACUGUCCCUCUCUCUGUGGGGAGAGCCAUUCAGCAGCAGCGCGGCGUACUCAAACUUACCCAAAAAGACUUGGCAACAAAAGUGAAUGAGAAACCUCAAGUCAUCAAUGACUAUGAGGCGGGCAGAGCCAUUCCUAAUCAGCAGAUCUUGAGCAAGUUGGAACGCCAUUUGGGCAUUAAGCUUCGCGGAAAGUCGAUUGGGGAACCGCUCGGCUCAAAGAGCCAAAAGAAAUGAAAUGAGGUUGAAGAAGAUAUCGCUUCUGUACUUGGAGAAACUACACAUCUCGUUCGUGAUAUUGUAAAACAGAGACUUCUAAUAAUGACUGCAUCGUUCUGUUUUGGACAUUAUGUUCUCAGAUAGCAAUGGAACCAGGACAAUUUCAAUUGGAAAAGUGUUGGCAUGCUCAGCUCCGUCAUUUUCUGCAAGAUGAUUAUUACAUUUCUGUACUAACAACGGGAACGCGAAAGAGGAAAUACUGGCGUGAUGCCAUCAGUUUUUGUGAUUUCUAUAGAUGAAAGAUUGAAUAUGUAUGUGACAUGUCUUUGUAAGACCCUAACACCGGGAAUGAACUUCCAAGUACUCCAUUCUCUCUGCCAGGUUAAAAUGUGUUUCCUUCCUUUCACCAAGAGUCCAAAUGCCAUGAACUGAGAGUUUCUGCUAUACUAAAAGUUCACUAUUGGAAAAUAAGACACUCAUGGAAAUUUGUAGUAAUUUUGGUGUAUUUCUCCUACUGGGUCUGUUUUCGUUUGUGAAAUUGUCCAGGGUUCCAAAUGCUUGAAAGCUUAAUUUAAACAGCCUUUUACAUCAACCUUCAAACCCUCAGUCUGCCCCAGCAGUCUUGAUUAAACAACCAAGGACCAAAAUCAAUUCCUUAAACUAAAGAGUUCUCAGAGCUUGUAUUUGGCUCUUAAGCAUUGCCUGUGCUUCUACAAAUUUCUCCACACCAUAUGUGAUUUAUCAAUCCUGUGUAAUUUCUCUCUGAGGUUGCAGUGUGUAUUCAUGCUUGAAACGUGUUGUCAAGUGACGUUCUUUGUAUCAAUCACCAUCACAAUUCAUGGGAAAUUCAUCAGAUUAAGAAACGUGUAUUGUAUCAAUAAUGUUGCUUUCUUAAUUAGCUCAUUCUGCUUUUAGAUGAGGAGAAUAUAGCUAUACCAUUGGCUGCCUUCCAUUCUAAAUAUGAAACAUCGGUCUUUGUGGCUUUAGGGUUGGGCAUUUCUUAUCCCUUUUAUUUGCAUCGUGGAAAAGGUAUCAUUUGCAUUGGGAUGGGAGUUGGCAUUUUCUUCGUUGGGAUAUAAUGGUCAGGUAUGUUUGAUAUUCAAUUUCAAUUCAAUUAAAAAAUCAAUUUAUUUCUAAUGCUAUGUUACUUAAUUAUCUAGGUUUAAACAUCACCAUGGAGACCUGGGCCUUUUUGUUCAAAUCAAGUUUUGUUUUGAACUACCAGGCCCUGACUACAUGUACAUAUCAUAGAAAAGUAUGACAUAACCUGUAAGUCAUGUUGAGAUGACACAUCAAGAAUGGAUUAAUCUAAUCUAUAUUUGAUGAUAUGAAGUGCUUCAUUCAGUUAAAUCUCAAAAUGCUAUAUUCACCACUCUAAAAUAUGUUAGUUAUUUCUUGAUAAAAAACAAUCUGAUAGUAAAAUAUCAAGAUAAGUACUGGAGGAGAAGCUUAAUAAUCGAGUUUUGAUGAGCUUUCUGAAUGGAUAGUUGAGGUUGCUUGCGUUUUCGGCUUUUGGCUUUAAAAUUUCAAGUUAUGGAAAGAAUUCGUCAACAGAGUUUGAUUUAUUUGGAUACUUUCUAUUCAAACAACCUGUCAAGAAGGUUAGAUAAUCAGUUGUCUAUGAUUCUUUUUCCACUUAAGGUCACUUGUAAUUUCAGCAUUUGACUUUAAAAAUCUAUUUUAUGGAAAGAAUGUUGACUUUCAUUAUUUUAAUAUUAUUUUCCAUAAACAGACUUCUCACCUGUCUUGUGAACUGCCUCUUUGUGUCAUGUAAAACUUGUGGUCCUAUCCCAAAUACUGAUGUGACCUUGUACCCAGUUGGCUAAUUGCGUUAUGCGGACUGUGUGUCAUCAGUAUUUAUUAGCUUCUGGACAUGAGGCCACAGAAAAAAACUAUUUUUUGGGACAUUCUGUAGUUCAACAAUGCCAUAAACGAUUCAUGUACAUGCUAUGCAGGAGAUGAUUUGGACACUUGAAUUUGCUGGCUGUAUUUCGGUCGCUGAAACAAUUUGUUAUCAUUUAUAUAAAUAAAGGUGGGAUUAUGUUUUUAUUGGAGAAAG